GAUCCAUCCCCAGUCCACCCCAUUCCAUUGCGUGCUGGAGCCCUUCCCAGCUUUCUCUGGUGGCGCCGCCCAUGUCCCCUCCUGCACACUGAUUGAGCUCUUCAUUCUUCUCCCUCUUCUCUCUCUCUUUCUCCUACUGUUAGCUACUAGCCAUACCUAGGGUUUGUCACGGCCUUCUCAGUUUUUGAGCCAUCACCUUUUAUUCUCUCUCUCUCCCUCUCUCUCUCUCAUGACCCAAGACACAUCCAUCCAGCCAUCCGCGCUAGCUCUCUAGCUAGCUAUCCUCAUCAGCACCAUCUGUCUCUUGCUGUCUCGCAGCACUGUUCUUAGCUGCAGGUAGCUCCAGCUCGAUCGUUCGUUCUCUCUUAGCAGCUAAGGAAGGCCACAUAAAUUAUAAAAGGCAGCCCUUGAGGGCAGGCGCAAGGAAAGCUGUGGUUUCCAUCUCCUCACACCCUUCUCCAUCGUUCUCCCUCCCCAAGAGUCACGGUCAGUAAAAGGAACGAAAGAGGCCGAGUCGUUCUCUUAACUUCGCCACCGCACCCGCCAUCAUGGUGUUCUCCUCGCUCCCGAUCUUCCUUGACCCUCCCAAUUGGGGCCAGAUGCAUAUGCAGCAGCAGCAACCACUCCAGUGUCUCCUCGACGGCGGUGCUGGCAGCGACCACCACCACCUGAUGCCUCCGCCGUCCUGCCUGGCGCCGCUGCGCGGAGGUCCUGCUGACACGGCGGCGAGCGCUCCAGCGGGAGGCGGCUCGUCCACCUCGGUGCCGACGACGGCGGGAGCAGGGGCAGGGGCGGGGGCGACGCAGCCUCGCCCCGUCGUGUCGAUGGCGGAGCGCGCCAGGCUCGUGCGCGUGCCGCUCCCGGAGCCCGGCACGCUCCGCUGCCCGCGCUGCGACUCCGCCAACACCAAGUUCUGCUACUUUAACAACUACUCGCUCUCGCAGCCGCGCCACUUCUGCAAGGCGUGCCGCCGCUACUGGACCCGCGGCGGCGCGCUCCGCAACGUGCCCGUCGGCGGCGGGUGCAGGCGCAACACCAAGCGCUCCAGCAAGAAGUCCUCCCGCGGUGGCGGCGCGGGCGCCACGGCGGCCACCUCCUCGUCCUCCACCACCUCCACCUCCACCACGGCCACCACCACCACGACGAGCGCGGCCAUGGCGGCGGCCGAGGCCAUCGCCAGCAUGCAGGCGCAGCUGCCCCACCUCGGCCUCCCGCCCGCAGCGGCCGCCGCCGCGCUCGAGGCCUCGCUGGAGGGCUACCACCACCACUACCUCCCGCUCCAGAUGCAGCCGCAGUUCCUGCAGCAGGCUGGCCUGCACGGCUACCAUUUCGCCGACGACGGCAGCGGCGUCCUCGCAGACGGGUUCCCGAGGGGCGUCGUUGCCUCGGGCCUUCUCGCGCAGCUCGCCGCGGUGAAGAUGGAGGAGCACAGCAGCAACGGCGGAGGUGCCGUCACGGCGCAUCAACAAGAGCAGUCGUACUCGUACUGGCCCGGCAGCACCGGCGGUGGCAGUGGGUGGCCGGCGGAGUUCUUGUCGGGGUUCAGCUCGUCGUCGUCGGGGAAUGUGUUGUGAGUUGCAUGUGGCCGUCCAGGUCCAGCUGGGGAUAAAUAUGCAUACAUGCAUUCUGACGAAGCUGAACUAGCUCACUCUCCUCAGUUAGUUUAUGUGGUUUGGAACUUAAUUGGAGUCGUCUUC